UGUUCAAGGGGCGGACAAAUCGUGAACUAACGCUUGAAAAAUGACAGUUAUUGUGUUAUUUAACUUUAAAUUGUAUAAUAAAAUGUAUUUUAAUUGAUUUUAUAAUUGUAACAUUGUUUUUUUUUAAAGUAUAAACAUGAAAGUAAUUAACAUGGAAGAAUUAAUUGACUCAAGUAAAUUCGACGUCAAAAGUAUUUUAGAAGGACAAGUCGAUGUUGCAAAAGCGUUAUAUGAAAAAUUAUCAUCAGCCGGUUCAACAAUUAAUUCCUAUCUUGUAGAAAAACAAGAAAGACAUUUAUAUUUUGAAAAAGAAUUUAUUAAACACACUGCUGAUUUUAAAAAUGCUGUAAAUGAAGUAAACUCUCAAACUAUAAAUAGCGAAAAAAAUUUGGAUGCAACGACUUUAAACAAAAAACGUUUGGACAAUGAAAUAUCUAGUGCUAUUAAUCUCAGAGAUAUGUUUAAAGAAAAAAAAGAGGAAUUAAAAACAGAUAGGGAAUUUCUAGCUCUUCAAGUAAUGGCAAAAGAAAAGGAAUUGGAGGACAAAAAAGAGGAAAAGAAAAAAGAUUGGGAAGCAUUAAAAAGAGGAUGUUUCAUUUAUAAGGAGAAAUUAGAUAUGCGAAUAAGGGGUGAUUUUCAUCUUGAUAAUGAAGAUAUAACAGUAACAUUUUUCUACAAAAAAUACGAUGAUAAAUAUUGUGUUCAUCUUUCACGUGAUGAUAAAAUUUGGAAAGUAAAGAAAAUUGAACCUGAAUUAAAAGUUGAACAUCAAAAACAACUGAAUAUCAAUUUUUCCAUCAAUUCAAAAGUUAAUGACAUCACUGCCUUUUUAUGUCAAAUACGAAAAAUAUUUGCCAAUUAUUAUUGUACAUAGUAAAACACUUUUUUUAAAAAAAC